AUGAGUUGAGGGGAGGGUGUCCAGGCUAUCACCUGAAUAAAUACUCACUUACAGGCUCUUACUUGAAUAAAUAAGCCAUAGGGCUAAAUCAUUUACUCCUAUGAUGAAUGUAAAUUGUUUUUUGUCCUCUGAUUUUCUUCUACUGCAUCAAGAGUGUUGGGAGGAUGGAAAACUGUGCAGGGUAGUUGGUGAAGAAAUAAUGAUUGAAUUAACAGCCGCGUGUGUGUGUGUGUGUGUGUGUGUGUGUGUGUGUGUGUGUGUGUGUGUGUGUUUGUUUGUUUGUUGCUCUUUAAGAACAGGUGAGACUUCACCCCAGUUUGGUAUCUGAAUUUAGAACCUUACCACAGAACUAAAAAUAGUACAGUGGAAGGCGAGCAUGCUAUGAGCUGAUAGAAGUGUUCUGCGGCCCUGAGUUCAACAAGCAUCUUGAAUCUUUUAGACUGUUCUUUUAAGCAAUGUGGGAUUUCUUUUUCCAUCCAGUCAGGAGAUAAAUAUUUUGCAGAAGAGUUGGUUGGGUUGCAACCCAUUAAGACCAUUGGAUCAUUGGUCACUGGAUCAAAAAGUGUCAUCAUGGUGCGUAAUGUGGAUGACCUGGACUUUUGCCUGUCCUCUCACUCACAGAGCAUAUUGGAGGGCCUGCGUUCUCUCUGUUCCCACCCCAAUCUUGUGGAUGUGACCUUAAGUGCCGGUGGGCGGGACUUCCCCUGCCACCGGGGCAUCUUGGCUGUCUGUAGCCUCUAUUUCCACUCCAUGUUCUCAAGUGACUUUGUGGAGAGCAUAGCUACACGGAUAGAGCUUCAUGACGUGGAUCCUGAUGUGCUUGCUGCCCUAUUGGACUUUGCUUACACUGGAAAACUGACCAUUAAUCAGGGAAAUGUGGAGGGCCUGAUAUGCACCUCAAGUCAGCUUCAGUUCCAGACUGUGCGGGCCGUCUGCAGCCGAUACCUGCAGAACCAGAUAGAUGCUAGUAACUGCCUCGGCAUACAAGAGUUUGGCGAGAUCCACGGUUGUCCUGAGGUGGUGGCCAAAGCCAAAGCAUAUCUUUUGGAGAACUUUGAGGCAGUGCAGCAGCAUGAGGAGUUUCUUCUGCUGGAAAAGGAUAAGCUAUUUGCUUGUCUGAAGGAUGAAGGUCUGCAGGUGCGGAAUGACUGUGCUCGAGCUGAGGCAGCACUUGCAUGGGUCAGGCAUUGCAGAGACAGUCGCAUCUGCCACCUGCCAGAACUAUUGAGACUGGCCAGACUAUCUCUUCUGCCUGAGUCUUACCUUAUGGAAAUCCUGUUGAAAGACGCUCUAGUUCAGGAUUCCCCAGAAUGCAAAGAACUUCUUGAGGUUGUUUCCAGAGAGAAAAAUAAUAUAAAACCAGGUGAGUCAGCGCAGAGUCCUGUCCAAAAUACCCCUCACAACCUGCAGGAAGUGCUGUUUGUGAUGGGUGGCCUCACACUAGAUGACUCUGAUGAAGAAGAUGAGGAGGAAGAUGGUGAGAGAGAGAUCAGGAUUCAUUCCAGGAACUGUGCUUUCUACAACACAAAGCUUCGGCAAUGGCAUCAGCUACCUGAUUUUCCCAACUACAAUAAGUGGGGUUAUUCCAUUGUCUCUUUAAACAAUGAUGUGUAUGUUACAGGAGGUUCGAGAGGUUCCCAGUCCAAUACCUGGUCGAACACAGAGACCUGGAAGUAUAUCACACGUGAAGGGAGGUGGGUUACAGUAGCGCCAAUGUUGAAGCCCAGGACUAACCACUCCUCUGCAGCACUAAAUGGAGAGAUUUAUGCCAUAGGAGGCACUAUUAUGGAUAUUGUAGAAGUAGAACACUACGACCCAUACAGUGACAGCUGGGCUCUGACAGCCCCUGCAGUGAAAUAUGUGACCAACUUCACGGCCACUGCAUGCCUGGGGAAGCUGUAUGUCAUUGGCUCCUGUGCUGUCAAAUAUAAUGCCCUGACUUUGCAGUGCUUCAACCCUGUCAUAGAUAGUUGGAGUAUGAUCUGCUCUCCAUUUAUCCCAAAGUACCUAUCCUCUCCUUGUUCCAUUUCUAUGGAUGGGGUCAUCUAUCUAAUAGCAGACAACACCAAAAAGGUGUAUCUGUAUGACCCAGAUGCUAACAUGUGGCAGAAGGUUCAGUUCCUGCACAAACUCCAUGAGAACGGAGGCUUGGUGGUUCUGGGUGAGCAACUCUAUGUGACUGGGGGCCACUGGAAAGGAAUGGAGGGAGAUUAUAGUGUGGAAGUGGAGGUGUACAACCGAGGAUCCAAUUCCUGGAGGGUGGAGUGUUUCCUUCCCAGGCUGUGGUACUACAGUGGCUGCUGUUCUAUCUUUCUAGACACGUCCCAGUGGCCCGAGCUCUUUCCUGAAGAGACAUAAUGGAAGGCAAUGACAUGAAGCUGGUCAGUUAUACUGUAAGCACAUGGUUGGGAGGGUUAGUCCUAAAAUGUAUUCCAUUACAGUUACAAAGAACUUCAUAAAAAAUGUAAUCAGUAACAUAAUCCAAGUAUUACAAUAUGAAUGUAAUGUAAUCUGAUUACUUUUGGAUUACUUCAAGGUCACUUAUGUAAAUAAAGUCAAGAGAAAAGCAAUAUGAUCUAAAAUACUUUUAUUUAGAGCUGAAUUUAGAGCUUAAAAAUAUGUUCAGUGUUUGGAUU